CAUCUCAAUUCCAGCCGCUAAAUCCUUACCCCUCAUUCCCAAACUCAAACCCAAAUUUCCAAUCAUGCAAGCCACGAAGAUGGAAGAAAAAACCACCGAAGUCUGCGGCGGCGCUUCCACCCCUCAGCCGCAAAGACUGAGGGACAAGAAAGUGAAGGACUUGAUACCAGACAAGAAAAGAUUGGUGGAGGUGCCGUACACUGCUUCGCUUUCCGACACGAUGAACGCCCUCCUCGCCAACCGGGUCGUGGCGGUGCCUGUGGCUGCGCCGCCGGGGCACUGGAUAGGUGCCGGCGGUUCAAUGAUAUUGGAAGCGGAUAAGCAGACUGGGGCGGCGAGAAAGCACUAUAUAGGGAUGGUGACGAUGCUGGAUGUGCUGGCUCAUAUUGCGGGGAACGAUGCUGAUCCAGCGGAUGUUGACGGCGGGGAUCUGGACAAGAAGAUGCAGGUUCCGGUGUCGUCGAUUAUUGGGCAUUGUCUUGAGAGCCUUAGCUUGUGGACACUCAACUCCAAUACAAGCAUACUUGAUUGUAUGGAAGUGUUUAGCAAAGGAAUACAUCGAGCAUUAGUUCCGGUCGACAGCAACAUGGAAAAUGUAUCUGGAGUGGAGCUUGUGGAAUCUGCAUCGAGCUAUCGUAUGGUUACGCAGAUGGAUCUCCUCAAGUUCUUGAAGGCACACGAGCAUGAGCUAAGAGGUAUUCUAGUGCGCCCCGUCAGAGAACUUGGGGCGGUGAGUGAUAUUGUUUUUGGGGUCACAGAUAAGACUAAAGUGAUCGAUGCAAUUAGGUGUAUGAACAGAGCAUCACUUAAUGCCGUGCCAAUUGUUGAGUCGGCAGAGGACAUCGAGGAGGAUCAUGGCCAGCUUAUAAAUGCAAAAGACAGGAAGGUGGUCGGAACAUUUUCCGCCACAGACCUCCGAGGCUGCCCAAUACUGCUACUGCAAUCCUGCUUGCAACAGGAUGUUAUGGAUUUCAUCCGUAAACUAUGUGGGAUCGCUCUGCAUGAAGGGUCUGGCUUAAGAGACUCAACUAAAGAACUCAUCACCUGCCGCCCCGAAUCCCUCCUCCGUGAGGUGAUCGACAAAGUUGUCAAGAAUCACGUUCAUCGAGUUUGGGUCGUUAAUGAAUCGGGCUUACUCGUUGGCCUGAUUUCCUUGACGGAUAUAAUCAGAGCCGCACGAGUGUGGAUGCUCUCAGAGCCUGCUUAAUUGGAUUCCGUUGAGGGGGUAGAGUUUGGAGUUGAUCAGCAGGCAGCUUCGUAUGGCGUUCUAGUCUGUAUGUUGCUAAUGUACAUAUCCUAGGUUUCCUACAACUGCUAUAUGUAACGAGGAGGAAAAUUCAGACUCACAAAUGGUGCCAGUUUUCUCGCCACGAUAAGGUUGAUGUUCAAAAUGGUGUAUUUUUCUUGCCA